AUGUCUCUCAAUCUGGAGAAACAACUUGUCUUCUACGGAGCAUACCACCACAAUAAAGUCAACGUCGGCAUACAUUUGCUCUGUGUUCCUCCGAUUCUGUUGACAUCUUUCCUACUGCUCACCAACACGCCUGCCGUUCCACUACCGUCAUGGCUCUCCGUACCUAAUCUCCCGUUCAAUGUCGGCACUGUUGGGGCCGUCUUGUACUCGACCUUGUACAUUCUCAUGGAGCCUGUCGCAGGUGCCAUGCUGGCUCCAAUUCUCAUCGGCAGCACCGCGUAUGCGAACCACCUCACAUCGACCUAUGGUGCGACUGCCAACUCCUGGGCCGGCGCAGUCAACAUUGCAUGCUGGAUUGCCCAGUUCAUCGGACACGGAAAGUUCGAGGGAAGAGCCCCAGCGCUGUUGGACAACCUCGUGCAGGCCAUCUUCCUGGCGCCCUUUUUCGUUUGGUUCGAGAUACUCUUCAAGCUCGGCUACCGCCCCGAACUGAAGCGCCGGAUAGACCAGGCCGUUGAGCUGGAGAUUGUAAAGUUCAGGAAGAGCAAGGAGAAGGGUCAGAACGGCUCUGCGAAAUGA